AAUAAAAAUAAAAAUUUCGUUAAAAAAAAAAAAAAAGAAUUAAAAACAUAAAGAAUAGUCUGAUUCAUAUUACCCACGUGGCGUCACCUACCAUAGGGCGACGUGUCGUCAUCCACUGACCUUUCAGUAGGUUUUCCCAUUCCGGAGGCACCCUCUUGUACCUCCGUUUACAUGAAGCCAGAUCGAGGUUUUUCAGAUAAAGAAGCUCGCUCCUUGUUGUUUUUGCUUCCAGAUUCUGGGCUUUACACGUCACUACUCCAGAAGUAAAGUGGUACCAGGUAGAAUAAACUGAAGUCCAAUAUACGUAUGAGUUGCUUCGGCAGUUGAGGGAUCUUUCCAAUUCUUAAUGGGAGCCUUUUUGAGUUUGUCUGGUACUAAAUCUGGGACUACCGAGUCUCAAGUGGUCUCCCAGCAUGAAACCUACAAGAGACAAAGAAUGUCAUUUAGUAUUGAUGAGGAGAGCCCAAGACUAAUUCCAAGUCUUCCUGAUGAGCUUUCAAUCCAGAUUAUUGCCAGACUUCCUAGAAUUUGCUACUUCAAUGUCAGGUUGGUCUCACGGAAGUGGAAGAAAACUGUUAUGGGCCCUGAACUUUAUAAAUUGAGAAAAGAACUUGGAACAACAGAAGAAUGGCUAUAUCUGUUAACUAAGGUUGAAGAGGAUAGACUUUUAUGGCAUGCUUUGGACCCCUUGUCAAGAAAAUGGCAGAGGCUACCCAGGAUGCCUAAUGUUGUUUAUGAAGAAGAAUCUUGUAAAGGUUUAUCUUCACUUUGGAUGUGGAACAUGUUGGAAACUAGCAAUAAAAUUGCUGGUGUCAUCAGGAGCUGGCUUGGGCAAAAGAGCUCAUUUGAUCAAAUGCCAUUUUGUGGUUGUGCUGUUGGUGCUGUUGAUGGGUGUCUUUAUGUUAUAGGUGGAUUUUCUAGAGCUUCAGCAAUGAAAUGUGUCUGGAAAUUUGAUCCAGUUCAAAAUACAUGGAGCGAAGUGACUGCUAUGUCUACAGGUAGGGCCUACUGUAAGACAGGCAUUUUGAAUAACAAACUAUAUGUUGUUGGAGGGGUUAGUCGGGGCCGAGGUGGAUUGACACCUCUUCAGUCUGCCGAAGUCUUUGAUCCCUCUAUAGGUACAUGGUCCCAAGUACCAAGUAUGCCAUUUUCCAAAGCUCAAUUGGUACCCACUGCAUUUUUGGCUGACAUGCUCAAGCCUAUUGCAACUGGGUUGACUUCGUACAAGGGAAGGUUAUGUGUGCCUCAAAGUUUAUAUUCAUGGCCUUUUUUCGUUGAUGUUGGGGGUGAAAUUUAUGAUCCUGAAACAGAUUCGUGGAAUGAAAUGCCAGUUGGCAUGGGAGAGGGUUGGCCUGCACGACAGGCAGGUACAAAGCUAAGUGUUGUUUUAGACGGAGAAUUGUACGCUUUUGAUCCUUCUAGUUCUUUAGACAGUGGCAAUAUAAAGGUGUAUGAUCAGAAAGAGGAUGCUUGGAAAGUUGUUAUAGGAAAGGUCCCUAUUUAUGAUUUUGCAGGUUCAGAAUCUCCAUAUUUACUUGCUGGUUUUCAUGGAAAGCUUCAUAUCCUUACAAAAGAUGCCAAUCAUAAAAUUGCAGUUAUGCGGGCUGACCUGCGAGAAAAUUCAGAUUCCAUUCCAUCAUGCCUAACUUCUAGUUUAGCUGGCUUUUCAGACUUACCGGCUGAUUCAGACUCAGUUGUGUGGAAGGUUAUUGCAGCAAGGGAUUUUGGGUCGGCUGAACUGGUCAGCUGUCAAGUUAUAGAUGUUUAGUGCAAGCCUACUCCUUUAAUUUAAGAUGCUGGCAUCUUCAGAUCUGUUUGUUGCAAAUGAUGCCAAAUUCAGUCAGAUGUUAGCACAUGAUAUAUUUAUAUCAUAUAGUAUUGUAUAAAAACUGUUUGAUUAGACAUCUGCCUGCGUAUUUGCAAGGUAAAAGCUAAAGAUUGUAAGAAGCUAAUUGGCAAGUUCUUCUGGGUCAUCAGCUCAGCACCUCGCCUUAUUAUCUUUGGAUGUGGUGUCCUUGAGCAGUCAAUGGCACAUGCUGUUAUUUUGAAGUUCUGGUGAGUUAAACAAAUGUCAAUUUAAGCGCCAAUCAUGUGGCCUUUGUUUUUUGACAUAAGUAUUACAUAAUGUUCAUAAUUAGACGUCAAAUUACUUAUUUACUUUGUACUAUGCACAGAUAUUUCUCUAUGAUAUAAAAUUUGAUAUAUUUAAUCGAUA